AUGAAGUUCCUUUGGGCAAGUUUGCUACUGACAGCUGUUCUGACAGGAGAAGUUUGUGGAAUUAUAUUCAAUUCUGUUAAUUUAAAACAUUUAUUGCAAAGCGGUGUUCUGGAUUUAAAUGUUGUGCGCUGCUUUCUGAGAAACAGGAAUGUCUGUCCCAAUCCAUACAUAAUGCAUCGAUUAUAUACACCACAGUCGUUACGCCAUGGCGUUGCCCUAAACAUACACAAUCCGAUGACAUUGUACCAAGGCGGGUUCAGCAGACAUCGUGAAACGGUAUUCAUAGUUCAUGGAUUCAAUGGCACAGCCAUUGACAAACACCUGCAGUAUCUGAGGGAUGCUUAUAUCUCACGUGACUUCAACGUCAUCACCGUGGAUUGGAGGCCAUUAACUCGAUAUCCGUGUUAUCUGCACGCGCUAGUGAACACCAGAUUAACGGCACAAUGCACAGCGCAGAUUUACUCCUUUCUAACACACCAUGGUGCUGAACGUGAAAGAAUUACCUGUGUUGGCCAUUCACUCGGCGCUCAUAUCUGCGGAGUGAUGUCAAAUCAUUUGACUGUUAAACAACAUCGAAUCAUUGGCCUUGAUCCUGCUCGCCCACUUAUUGAACGCAAGAAGACACAUUUUUAUCGUUUAUCACAUGACGAUGCUACUGUCAUACAAGUAAUACACACAAAUGCAGGUUUUCUAGGCUUGGAAGACAAUACGGGUCAUUUGAAUUAUUGCAUAAAUGGUGGCCGAGUCCAGCCAUAUUGCACAGGACCAGCUAUAAGACGAUAUCGUUGUUCACACUUUUUAAGCAUUUGUUAUUUGGCCAAUGCCACAUUUAAGCAUAAAAAGUUUUUGGGUAUACCUUGUCCGAACGGCUGCAUAGAUAUAACGGGUCCUAAGCGGUUACCAGUCUCUGGUUCAAAUCCAUUUGAAUUAGUUAAACAAAUCAGAGAGUUCCAUAUAGGGCAUGAUGCACCCGAUCACGCUGAAGGCUGCUACUGUCUGGAUGUUCCAUUUGUCAAACAUUGUCCCUUUAGUGAAAUCACGUAAUCUCAUCCGGUGGU